AUGGAUAUUCGCCAUGCUUUUCUACGGUCAAAAGUCAAGGGCCCAGAAGUCGUCUGUCUUGAUACCCAAAAGCUAUGCGAAGCUGUAUUCCGAAACCCCUCCAAAAUGACUAUAUGCUCGCCAGAAACAAUAACCUGGCAAAGGUUUUUGGAACGUCAGAUUUUGACUCUGUGGUCUAGCUACUUUUCACCGGCUCUUUCAAGCCUGGACCACACCGAAAACACACACCAAGAUGCGUUUCAACUGUUCCUGCAAAUCUCGAUUCUUUUAAGAGAUACCCAGCCCCUUGAAACCACCAUUGAUUCCAUUGCAACAAAGUUAUUCGCAAAUUCUGGAAUAAAUUCCGAAGAGAUACGCAACGCAAGAAGACAUGAGAUUCGCCAGGUGAUUUUCGCCGUCACCGGUCUCCUCACUAUGCUCUAUACCCCCGCCCCAACUAUCUCGGCUGGCAACUUUACCAUUGUUGUUCCUGAAGAUUUGGGAUCGAUGCGUUGUCAACAAAGUUGCGAAAAGGCACAGAAUGCAUUGUUUGGAUUUUUAAAAGGCUUUGGAAUCUUGCUACCAAUACAGGGGGAGGAGGAGGAGGAUAGCCCCGUGGAAGAGGCCAGCGAAGAACUCCACAUCUCCAAACUGAAUUAUGCAUCCUUGCGCAAUAUCAGCAACAUUCAAAUUUCCUGGGUCAAUGACUUGAGCUCGCAUCUAUACUUUAAUGACAAGAAGCAGGUACUCUCGCUGUUUCGGCUUCCCUCAUUUUGUGUAGCACAUUCACUUGAUGAACUUGCUACGUCUCUAUUUCACGGGUCGGUUGAUUCGGCAAGGACUGCUCCACAUCCCGUACCAAGCUAA